GACAUAAAGCAAUAUAUUCAUUUUUAACGUAAAAUAUCAAAAAAUCUCAAGGAUAAUGAUAACCAUUAUGGCAAAAAUUCAAAUUAAAUCUUAUUAAAACUUCAGGAAUUUGAAUUACCUGUUAAUUAAAUCCACAAGUCUUCCGAGAAUUUUGAUAAAAAUGAAUAUUUUAUGAGCCUUAGGAAAGUCUUGGCAAACAAUGAGUGGAAUAGCCGUGGGAAUAGAUUUAGGUACCACAUACUCCUGUGUGGGAGUAUUCCAGCAUGGCAAAGUGGAGAUCAUUGCCAAUGACCAAGGAAACCGGACCACUCCAUCCUAUGUCGCUUUUACUGACACCGAGAGACUCAUCGGCGACGCUGCUAAGAACCAGGUUGCAAUGAAUCCAAAAAAUACUGUUUAUGAUGCAAAAAGACUAAUCGGCCGUAAAUUUACUGACCCGACUGUUCAACAAGACAUAAAAACUUGGCCGUUUGAAGUUGUAUCAGAGGACGGUAAACCUAGAAUUAUUGUACAAUAUAAAGGAGAGAAAAAACGAUUCUCACCUGAAGAGAUUUCCUCAAUGGUCCUAUCAAAGAUGAAAGAAACAGCGGAGACGUAUCUUGGUGGUCAUGUGAAAGACGCUGUUAUAACAGUGCCAGCUUAUUUUAAUGAUUCGCAGCGACAAGCAACCAAAGAUGCAGGAUUGAUUACCGGUAUUAAUGUGCUUCGAAUAAUAAACGAACCCACUGCAGCAGCGUUGGCGUACGGUUUGGACAAGAACUUAAAAGGGGAGAAAAACGUACUUAUAUUCGACCUUGGCGGUGGAACUUUUGACGUAUCAAUACUACAAAUAUCUGAAGGGUCCCUGUUUGAAGUAAGAUCUACAUCUGGAGAUACACAUUUGGGUGGAGAAGAUUUUGACAACAGAAUGGUGGAACACUUCAGUCAAGAGUUUGAACGAAAAUACAAGAAAAAUAUAAAAGACAAUGCAAAAUCCGUAAGGCGCCUAAAAACAGCGAGUGAGAGAGCUAAAAGGACUCUUUCUUCAAGCACAGAAGCCAGCUUAGAAGUCGAUGCAUUGUAUGGUGGCAUUGAUUUUUAUUCAAAAAUAUCGAGAGCCCGUUUUGAAGAACUUUGUUCUGAUUUGUUCCGUCACACGUUGGCACCAGUGGAGAAUGCCCUGAAAGAUGCAAAACUGAACACAAGAGAAAUACAUGAUGUUGUAAUGGUUGGUGGUUCGACAAGAAUACCAAAAAUUCAAAGGCUUUUACAAGACUUCUUUAGUGGUAAAACCCUAAAUCUUUCAAUAAAUCCGGACGAAGCAGUCGCCUAUGGCGCCGCAGUGCAGGCAGCCAUAUUAACCGGAUCAAAAGAUGAGCGCAUACAAGAUGUCUUGCUGGUAGAUAUUACACCGUUAUCUCUGGGCAUUGAGACGGCUGGUGGAGUAAUGACAAAAUUGGUUGAACGGAACACAAGAAUACCUAUAGCGCAGAAAAAGAUUUUCUCUACUUAUGCCGAUAGUCAGCCGGCAGUCACUAUUCAAGUAUACGAAGGUGAACGGGUAAUGACGAAGGAUAAUAAUUUGUUGGGGACCUUUAAUUUAACAGGAAUUCCGCCGGCACCAAGAGGAAUACCACAAAUUGAGGUGACCUUUGACAUUGACGCCAACGGCAUUUUGAAUGUAAGCGCCGAAGACAAAAGCACUGGUCGCUCGGAACGAAUAACAAUAUCAAACGAUAAAGGCCGCCUUAACAAAGCAGAGAUUGAGAAGAUGCUUCACGAUGCGGAGAGAUUCAAAGCUGAGGACGAAUCUAUUAGACAACGCGUCGAGUUGAGAAACCAGCUCGAGAGCUAUUUGUUCGGAUGUAAAGGUGCUGCAGAAACUGCUGGUAACCGUCUAACAGACAGCGAGAAAAAUGAAGUGAUCACCGAAUGUACCAACCAGCUGCGGUGGCUGGAGAGCAACCCUGACGCCUCGGCUGCAGAGCUUGAACAGCACUUAAAAAGUGCCCAGGUGGUCUGUCAGUCAGCUAUGAUGAAGCUACACGGUGCCUUGGGACCUUCUGGUUGCGCUAGAGCUGGCACAGCCGGCCCAAGAGUUGAAGAAAUUGAUUAAAUAGACAUAGAAAUCCUUAAAUAUUUAUAAAAAUUUUAAGGUUAGGUUGGAUACUUUUUUUCUUAGUGAAAUAUCAAAGAACUCUCACUAAAAUAAAUAUCAAUAAAA